ACCAGGGCAGAGCUUGGGCCAGCCCUCAACUUCAGUGCCACCUAGAUUGGCAGCAAGGGGCAGUGCCAGGAGCUUGUUUUCCCAGCACUGCUGACGGAGUAGGGGAAGCUGUAGGGCCGGCACGACCAAGGACUUCAGCCUCAACCCUGUCAAUAAGUGACAGCCAGAGCUGCCAGGGCCUCACCAGGUUAAUGAUUGUGGGGGCAGCUGGCCAAGAGCCCCCGGGCAUGGGGCAAGUGCGGACACCAGCCUUCUGCCCACUGGCUGCACCCCCUGAGCAGAAGGGUCCCCAGGCCCUGAAGAGGCAGGACAUGUCCCCUGCUGUGGCUCUUCCUGGGCAUUCAGCUCUAUCAGCCUGUGACUCAGUGGAGGAGGUUCAGUGAUGCUCCAGGAAUGGCAGGAAUGUCCCCAGCCUGUCCCUGAGUGCCCUGGAGUACUCAAGGAAUCUUCCCUUGCUGCUUUCAUACAAUUGCACCUGGCUCAUCCAUGGCAAUGGGUCCUGGGAGUGCCUGAUCCUGGGGAAAUGGGAUGUGGCAGCCAUGCAGUCUCUCUGUGCCUACUGCCACAGGCACUGGGGCUGGAGGGGCAUUUGUCCCCUGUCUCUCCUGCAGACAGAUGUGGACAUGAGCCAGCUGGGUGUUCUGUGGGUGGAUGGAAACUUGGCUGGAGGUGCAUAAGCAGCAGGUAAUCAUAAACAGCGUCGAGGAGGUGGUGAAGGCAGUGGUGGUGUCGCUCCGCUCCUGCCCACCCUGGCAUCAGACAUGCCAGGAAGAUGCUCUGCCCUCGCAGUGCUGCCGGGCUGAGCCAGGCUGCGUGCCACCAUCACACCAGUGACAGGACACGGAUCGUUCUGGUGUUGACGUCACACACCACCAGUGCCCUGGGGGUGAGGACGUCCUGCGCUGGGCUGAUGCUCAGAUGGCUCUGAGGAUGGUGGAUGCAUGCUGGGCUCAACUCUGGUUUGGGAUGCCCUGGCAGCACUAGCACCAAGCCCUUCUCCUCCUCCUGCUCUCAUGCAGCGGAUGAAGCACCUGGCACCAAAAGACGGAGAGCUGAGGGUGCUCCGGCAUCACCCCUCGGGCACUGGGCUCCAGCACUGCCCCAGGUUUGCUCCUCACUGCAGCAGCUGCCACUCGCCCAGGCUUCGGGCAGGCGAGGCAAGAAGUGCCGGGUACCCCAGGGCCGCGUGCCCCAUCCCGCUCCAGGGCCGCAGCAGACGUGGGAUGCGGACGGGUUACCCAUUAACUACAGGAAUUUCUGGGGAGGAGGCCACUUCGCUGGAGGGACGCGUGGAUGCGGCAUGUGGACACGGCUCUGCCCUGAGUGCCCAACCAGCCUCAGCCUCAACAGGAGUGAUGCUGCCCUACCGGAGGGAGAGCCCGGUCCUGCCCCACUGCCCAGUGCGGGGAGGAAGGGUGGUUCAUGGGCCCCAGUUUGCCUACUGCCCCAGCCCCCAAGCUCUGCAUCGACUGCCGGGUGCCCACACCUGCCCCUUCACCGUUGGUCCUGUGCCCUGCCCUGACCAUGGCUUCCCCUGCCCCGGCUCCCCGGGGCGCCUGCGCGAGGGCAGGGAGCGCUACGAGCUGGAUGUGCUGCCCUGGCAGGGGCCCCGGCUGGGCUUGGACGAGCUGCAGAAGCCAGAGCUCGGGUGCUGGGCCAGGGUCCAGUCCAUCUGUGUCUCCCUUCUCAAGGUGCCCCUGAUGUUUGGCUUCUUGUACCUCUUUGUGUGCUCCCUGGACGUGCUCAGCUCUGCCUUCCAGUUGGCUGGAGGCAAGGUGGCAGGGGACAUCUUCAAGGACAACGCCAUCCUCUCCAACCCGGUGGCUGGGCUGGUGGUGGGCAUCCUGGUAACUGUGCUGGUGCAGAGCUCUUCCACCUCCACCUCCAUCAUUGUCAGCAUGGUCUCCUCAGGGUUGCUGGAGGUGCGCUCUGCCAUCCCCAUCAUCAUGGGCUCCAACAUCGGCACCUCCGUCACCAACACCAUCGUGGCCCUCAUGCAGGCCGGUGACCGCAGUGAGUUCAAACGAGCCUUUGCCGGUGCCACGGUGCACGACUGCUUCAACUGGUUGUCAGUGCUGGUCCUGCUGCCACUGGAGGUGGUGAGUGGGUACCUGCACCAUGUCACCCGCCUGGUUGUGGCCACCUUCAACAUCCGCAGCGGGAAGGAUGCCCCUGACCUGCUGAAGAUCAUCACAGAGCCGUUCACCAAGCUCAUCAUCCAGCUGGACAAGUCAGUGAUCACUGGCAUUGCAACAGGGGAUGAGAGCCUGCGCAACCGGAGCCUCAUCCGCGUCUGGUGUGGCCCUACAUCCCCACAGAUGGCUGCUGUGGGGCUUGGGCCCCCCCUGAACUGCACAGCCCCUGGGCACUGCAGCACUAAAGGCAUCGAGAUCCUCCACAAUGUCACCAGGCAGAAGUGCGAGCAUCUCUUCACUGACACACCACUGCCCGACCUGGCCGUGGGGCUGGUGCUGCUGGCUGGGUCUCUCGUCGUGCUCUGCACCUGCCUCAUCCUCCUCGUGAAACUCCUCAACUCCCUGCUCAAGGGGCAGGUGGCCAAAGCCAUCCAGAAGGUCAUCAACACUGACCUCCCACACCCUCUCAGCUGGCUCACUGGGUACUUCGCCAUGGUGGUGGGUGCUGGGAUGACCUUCGUGGUGCAAAGCAGCUCUGUCUUCACAUCAGCCAUCACACCCCUGAUUGGUCUGGGAGUGAUCAGCAUUGAGCGCGCCUACCCGCUGACCCUGGGCUCCAACAUUGGCACCACCACCACCGCCAUCCUGGCCGCCCUGGCCAGCCCAGGGGACAAGCUGGCCAGCUCCUUCCAGAUUGCUCUCUGCCACUUCUUCUUCAACAUCUCUGGCAUCCUGCUGUGGUACCCACUGCCCUUCACCCGCCUGCCCAUCCGCAUGGCCAAGGCGCUGGGCGAGCGCACGGCCAAGUACCGCUGGUUCGCCGUGCUAUACCUCAUCAUCUGCUUCCUCCUGCUGCCCUCCCUCGUCUUCGGCAUCUCCAUGGCGGGCUGGCGGGCUCUGGUGGGGGUGGGCGCACCCUUCCUCGGCCUCCUCUUCUUCGUGGGGCUGGUGAAUGCACUGCAGGCGCACAGCCCUGGCCGCUUGCCCAAAUGGCUGCAGACCUGGGACUUCCUCCCCGCCUGGAUGCACUCGCUGCAGCCCCUCGACCGGGUCAUCACCCAGGCCACCCUCUGCUGCACCGACCGCUGCCGCAGCCCGGAGGGCUGGGAGGAGCAUGAGGGCCCUCCCCGGGACAAGGCCAGGCUGGGGCUGGACAACCCCGUGCUUUCCUACCCCGAGGAGAUGCCCAGCCCCACCAUCCGGGUGGGCUCGCCUUGCCCGCUCCCACAUGGUGCUACCCGGCUCUAGCUGGUACCACACACCUGGGCUGCUGCUCCCGUGGCCGCUGGUUUCUGUCAUCCCUGCUCAGCUGGUGUUCAAUAAAGGCUGAGCACCCGUGCCCCA